AUGCUGCAGCAGCAUUUAAUGGAAUCUGGGAAAAACUGCAAAGUCUAUACCUUUAGUAAGGACGGGACCUUGUUUGCCUGGGGCAACGGAGAAAAAGUAAAUAUUAUCAACGUCACUAACAAAGGACUGCUGCACUCCUUCGACCUCCCAAAGGUAGUCUGCCUUGAGUUCUCACCAAAAAACACCGUCUUGGCAACGUGGCAGCCUUAUACUAAUACAAUUGCAAAUAAACUACAUUUGCAAAAAAUUCAUGAUUUUGUGUUAUCACCUGGACCCCAACCAUACAAGGUGGCUGUCUAUGUUCCAGGAAGUAAGGGUGCACCUUCAUUUGUUAGGUUGUAUCAGUACCCCAACUUUGGUGGACCCCAUGCAGCUUUAGCCAACAAAAGUUUCUUUAAGGCUGAUAAGGUUACAAUGCUGUGGAAUAAAAAAGCUACUGCUGUGUUGGUAAUAGCUAGUACAGAUGUUGACAAGACAGGAGCUUCCUACUACGGGGAGCAAACGCUGCACCACAUUGCAACAAACGGAGAAAGUGCUGUCGUUCAGUUACNNAAGAAUGGCCCCAUUUAUGAUGUAGUUUGGAAUUCUAGUUCCACCGAGUUUUGUGCUGUUUAUGGUUUUAUGCCUGCCAAAGCAACAAUUUUCAACUUGAACUGCGAUCCUGUGUUUGACUUUGGAACUGGUCCUCGUAACGCAGCCUACUAUAGCCCUCAUGGACAUAUAUUAGUAUUAGCUGGAUUUGGAAAUCUGAGAGGACAGAUGGAAGUGUGGGAUGUGAAAAACUACAAACUUAUUUCUAAACCAGUGGCCUCUGAUUCUACGUAUUUUGCUUGGUGCCCAGAUGGUGAGCAUAUCGUAACAGCCACAUGCGCUCCCAGGUUGCGUGUUAAUAACGGGUACAAGAUCUGGCAUUAUACUGGCUCAGUCUUACACAAGUAUGACGUGCCAUCAAAUGCAGAAAUAUGGCAGGUUUCUUGGCAGCCCUUUUUAGAUGGAGUAUUUCCAGCAAAAACAAUAACUUAUCAAGCAGUUCCAAGUGAAGUACCCAGUGAGGAACCUAAAGUCGCAACAGCGUACAGACCCCCAGCUUUAAGAAAUAAACCAAUCACCAAUUCUAAACUGGUAAGUAAACUUUUACGACUUUACAAUGCAAAAAUUCAGAAAGAAAAAGCCCUACUCCAGGAGCUGGAAGAUUUGGAAUUGGGUAUUUAAAGAUUCCCAGAAAGGAAGUUGUUGCCAGGAAUCAGUGCAGACACAUCUGUUAAACCCGUUGUCUUACAUGGAAUAUCUAUGCACCCACACUUAGCUUUCUCCUGUAAUAGUAACCAUUUCUCCAAGAUCCUGCAUAUGUAUGUCAUUAUUUAAUAAUGUGUAUUACAUUGACCUUUCCUGUGCCCUAUGUCAUGUCAGUACAUGAUAAAGAAAAGGGACAUGAAUUUUUUAGCCAAGCUUGACAGAUUGAAGACCAAUGUCAGGGUCUUUCUGUAGAAAACAUUCACCAUAUAAGAGAAUAAAGGCAUUUUAAAUGUAA